AUCCGGACUACACCCAGCCACAGCCGCAUUCGCACCCACACUAGAGCCCCGGCUUUCUUUGCCGCCCCAGCGCGUCCGAGUAUUGGUGGCUUGUAUCCGAGGCUCCCGAAUCUCUCUCUCUUCUGCCUUGGUCGCUCUCUCACUCCUCCUUAGCCAUUUUGUACCCCUGCUUUGUCUUUCUUGAACAUGUCUUGGCAAAACUACGUGGAAAACCUGAUGGCCGAUGGCAGCUGUCAGGACAGCGCCAUUGUUGGCUAUUUGGACGCCAAAUACGUUUGGGCAGCACAUGACGGUGGGACUUUCAACAAUAUCACGUCCCAAGAAAUUGACGUUCUGGUAGGUAAAGACAGAGAGACCUUCUACACCUGCGGUCUGACUCUGGGCUCAAAAAAGUGUUCGGUGCUCAGAGACAGCCUGCAGGACGAGGGCGACUGGACAAUGGACAUGAGGACAAAGAGCCAAGGAGGAGAACCCACAUACAACAUCUCUGUGGGACGAGCUGGACAAGUUUUGGUUCUUGUAAUGGGGAAAGAAGGGGUCCAUGGAGGCGGAUUGAAUAAGAAGGCUUACUCAAUGGCAAAAUACUUGCGGGAUUCGGGCUUUUAAUGUUUCCCAGGCUCAUUUAGUAUUGGUUAUAAUCAUGGGAAAGGAGGCGAUCCAUGGUGGAAAUCUUAACAAGAAAGCACAUGAAAUGGCGGAAUACCUGAGGAAGGCUGGAUAUUAAGCAACCUCACCAUCCAUCAACCUUAGCAGCUCACUACAUACUUCCAGGAUUAAAGGGCAAUGUUUCUUUCAUCCCCUUCUGUUUUAUACACAGCCCCAUUUUUCUCUCCAUCCUAAUCAUAUAAACAUUUUUUUGAAACGACAGUAAUGGCAUGGUCACUGAAAUUGUUUAAAUGUUUAUCAACCAAAGGAGUGUACAAAAAACAACAACCACAAAGUGUAAUAAAAAUGGAAUUUGCCUUGUAUGACAUCUGCUUUGCUAGUAACUGGUUUAAAAAGAGAUAAAGGCAUUUCCCCGUUCUAUUCAUCAGCAUGUCUGCAUUGUUGCAUGCAUAUUUGCUUUUAUUAUCGUUCACCCGUCUCCCAGCCAAAACAUCUUCUUACCUGCCUCCAAUAAAAACAGUUUACGCUGA